AUGUCGAGAGAUCCCCAUAGUGACGAUCUUCUGGAUUGGUCGUCUGAUCCUGCCACAUCCUUCUACUUUGCUCGUGAUUCCUGUUAUCGCCACCCGGUGCAGUUGGAAACAUCCGAGAGGGAUUCUCUAGCCUUGAGAAGCACCCCACCGUCACCACCCGUCUCAAUUUCCUCUCAACAGUCAUCGUCAACAAUGUCCAUGAACAGCAUGGGUCCCACUGCUUCCAGUACGGUUGCUGACAGCAACUCGCCCCGAGCCAGCCUUGGUGACCAAAGCGAAGGAGAUCAUAAUGCAGAGCCCUACUCGAAACUUAUCUACAGAGCCCUGAAAGAGGCCGACGGCCAUAAAUUGUCGCUUCAACAAAUCUACGACUGGUUCAUGAAAAAUACCAGCAAGGGCAGAGACAACAGCAAAGGCUGGCAGAACAGCAUUCGCCAUAAUCUGUCCAUGAAUAAAGGAUUUGAAGCCAGUAAAAUUGAGGGGUGCACGAGGAAGAAGCCGCAGAACUUGUGGGCUUUGACUCAAGAUGCCAUCGACCGGGGUAAUGUGGAAUCCACUACGCGGUAUCGCAAGUCGAAUCACCGCAAGGCCACAAGCUCCAGCUCCGCAUAUCCCGGGCGUCAGCGCUCAGGCUCCAAGGGAGGAAAGGCGGCGAAAAAUGCGGCUAGGACACGCCACCUAGUUCAGCGCGAGCGGGACAGGGAGCGGCAAUUCCCUUCGCCAACGCAAAGUCGAACACAGCAACCUCAGCCUCAGCCAUCGAAUGAUCCCGCGUCCGCUCUGCUUACACCACCUUUUGGAGGCGCACUACUUUAUCAAUUGGAGCAAGUCUACAGUGGCCUGCCCCCCAGCGAGAGCCCUGUUAAAGAGGAGUUCGACUACUCCAAAGUGAUUGGCUGCACGAGCUCCCCACUUGGCAAGAACUCAAUAUUCUACGAUGUCGUGGGACCGGUACCGAGCUACGGACCGCUCGACCUCGAGCAUAUCGGUGGCUGGUACCCCGUCUCGGGGCCCCAUAACAGGUUGAUAGCAGGCCUCGGAAGGCGAUGA